UUUUUACACCCCAUUUUGCUUGCAAACGAUCAGCUAGCACUGACGUCAUAGUCAAUUUAUUUGUUCUGGAGAAGAACUACUUCCGCUGAAAAAUAUUAAUGUAUUGAUGUUAACAAAAAACUAGUAAUUUUCAAAAAUCGCGGAAAUAAACGGAGUUUUUUCCCCCUAUUGCAUUCCAAUAAUAAAUAUCAAUCAAUUGAUAAAAUGCAAAUUUAAUUUAAAUACCAAACUUCCGUCUUAAAGGCAUGAUCGCGUAUCUUCUGAAUUAAGUUCACAGAAAUAAGGAAAAAAUCUUUGAUGUGUGAAUUCGGUUUCAGCAUGUGACAGGCAAUCUUGUGGAAAGAAAACAGUUUUCUUGAGCUUGUAAUUGAUACUGCGAUACAUUUACCCAGCUGCAUCGUGUCAAGAUAUGAAGAAAGUGGCGAUAAUCGGGGCUGGGUCUUCAGGCUUGGCCUCUGCUAAAUCAUGCAAAGAAGAAGGAAUAGCUUUCACUAUUCUAGAGAAAUCGGGAAAAGUUGCGGGACUCUGGAAUUUUCAAGAAGAUAAUGGACAAGCGAGUGUAAUGAAAUCAACUGUCAUUAAUUCUAGCAAAGAAAUGAGUGCUUUCAGUGAUUUUCCCCCACCAAAAGAGUUUCCUAACUAUAUGCAUAACAGAAAAAUGUAUAAAUACCUUAUGAUGUAUGCUGAAAAAUUUCGACUCUUGGAGCAUAUAAAAUACAAUCAAGAAGUUAUCAAUGUAGUUCAAACUCCAGAGUAUGAUGUCACAGGAAAAUGGAUAGUCACAUCUCAGAACACAGUCAAUAAAUCUAUAGAGAUCGAAAUUUAUGAUGGGGUAUUGAUUUGUACUGGACAUCAUUCCCUCCCUUAUACUCCUAAAUUUCCUGGACAAGAAGAAUACGCAGGAAGAAUUAUCCAUACUCAUUCAAUAAGAGUUCCAGAUUCAUUUAAAGAUCAAAAAGUUCUGAUUAUUGGAACUGGAAAUUCUGCAUUGGAUGCGGCAGUGGAGAUUAGUAAUGUUGCUAAACAGGUGUACUUGAGUACAAGACGAGGAGCUUGGAUCAUGUUCAGACUUGGACCAAACGGCUUACCAAUUGAUACCCAGUUAUUAACGAGAGCACUUGGAACGCUGGGCAAUUUUGUUGGGUGGUCGCUUUCGAACUUUGUUUUAGAACUUUACUUAGACAGCAAGUUUAAUCACGAAUUAUAUAAUCUGAAACCGAAACAUAGAUUCAAUGCCCAGCAUUUAACAAUCAAUGAUCAUUUACCAAAUAAAAUUCUUAGUGGAACUGUCAUUGUAAAAAGUGAUGUUCAGAAAUUUUCAGAAAAAGGCGUCAUUUUCAAAGGGGAAGAAAAUGUUACAAAACUGGAUACCGUCAUUUUGGCUACGGGAUACACAAUUAAGUUUCCAUUUCUCAAGGAUGAAAUAGUAAAUACGACCAACAACAAAGUAAAUUUGUACAAAGGAAUUUUUCCACCAAACUUGAAGCAUCCGACGUUAGCUUUAAUUGGUUUGAUUCAGCCAUUUGGUGCUUUGUUUCCAAUUUUUGAAAUUCAAUCUAGAUGGUAUGCUCAGUUACUGAACGGAAAAGUGAAGUUUGCGGACAAGAAAACAAUGAUGUUAGAUAUAAAAAGGAGAAAUCAUGAAAUCGAAAGACGUUAUGUGUUGUCGCCAAGACACACGGUACAGGUUGAUUUUAUUCCAUACAUGGAUGAAAUUGCUUCUCAGUUUGGAGUAAAGCCGAAUUUCCUUAAAAUGGCUUUAACAGAUCCAUUGCUGUUUUAUAAUUGUUAUUUUGGACCAUGUACUUCAUAUCAAUAUCGUCUUGAAGGCCCGCAUAGUUGGGCGGAUGCUAGACAAGCUAUACUGACCACCAAAGAACGAAUUGUUAAAGCUUUGGAUACUCGCUGCGAUACGAAAAAAAGCAAUACGACAGAAAAGAUAAUUUUUAUGUAUUUUCUGUCAGUUAUGAUCUUAUGUUUUUUAUGUUUUCUAAUAUUUCGUGUUAUUAAAUGAAUAUUUUUAUUAUCUUA